CAUAAAACAACACUUGACAUGCUUGCAAAAUCAUUAAAAGUUACUUUAUGGGCAUUAGCCAUUACCUUAAUGGUUGGUAUAUCUUGCUUUUUAGCCGCAGUUUGUGGUAACUCAUGGUGGAAAUCUUCUCUUAAUGACACUGAGAUUGGUCUCCUGAGUUUUAACGUAAAAGGAAGAAAAGAACAAAGAAAAAAUUUAUUUCAAUUCAAGUCGUUUGAUCUCGACAAUAUCUUGAUUCUUAUAACUUUUGCGAUUAUUUUUUCAAUAUUAUCUCUGGUAUGCAUUUUGGUUUUAUACUUUUUUAAAGAAAGGAACUCAACGUGGACUAAAGGCAGUUUUGUCCUUAUAUGUCUUGUUUUCAUGGCUGGUGCAUGCGGUAUUAGUGCUAUGUUAUAUGCCGAGAUAUUUGUACCCCAUUUAUGGAAAAAUAAUAACCACGGUUGGUCGGUCAUUUCCGCAUGGUUUGGAACAAUAGCUUGUAUAACAGCGUUAGUAAUUUCUUGUAACGCUGCCGCUAAUAACUAAAAUAUCGUCUCUUUAUAACUGAAACUUUAAACCGUAUCGUUUUAUAAAUAUGUAUGUGUUUUUUGAUAAUAAAUUUAGCAAAAAAUUUAAAAAAAUCCUUAAAAAAGCUUUUUUUUGUUGUUGUU